UCGGAUGCCUUUGCACAGCAUUUUUUAGGUUCCAUCCCCAGACGGACAGCUGUCGAACAAGCCUACAAUAUGUCCGACACUUUGGGACAGCUGGCCAGAGCCCAUGAACGCAUUCCAGUCAAUGGAUUUGCCAUAAUUUUCCAACCAUCUGCUGGCAUAGGCCUUUUGCUGUCUUACAUCCUCUCAAGCUGCAUCGUGGACAAGCAGAAACAUGGCAUUACUUCCUCCCAAGUCCUCCUUCAGUCUAAGCGCCAGACUACAAUUGUCCGGUACUCACUCAUUCGGCCGGGAGGCAGUGGGAAGACAAUUAUCUCAGCAAUAGACGCUGCUUUACAGAGACACCGCAGAGGUGAAGAGGUGCCGUUCGGAUGGGGUGAAGGUGUGUUUGGUAAAGUCGAGAAAAGCUUGCUGGUGUGGAGGCUCUAUCGGAAGUGCAUAGUCGGUCCGAGGUCAUCGGGGACGGAAUUAAAGUUGGCCAAACCGACCCAACAGCGCAUAUGUCUCUGCUCUGAUGGGUCGAGUCUGGUCAGUGUUCUCGAACAUAAAAUGGCGCAAUGGUGGUCUGACGCAACGAUAAUGCAAGAACUCUUGCAGCGGCCGGUUCUCGCGGCAAUAACGCUGGGGUGA